AUGAGAACAUUCACCAUUUCCUGCCUCCUGGCAGCGGUCUCCAUCCAGGCGACCCUCGCGCAGGUCCUGAUCGCCCCAGAGACCGAUAUGAACUCCACCACCCUUCCUAGCGGUGCUACCACCGCCCCGACUCCUUCCCCUUCCAGCACCAGCGCCGCUAACACCCGCGUGUCCGCCACCGCGACAAGCAGCCUUAUCCUCAACAGCGUCCAAGCUCUGGUCGAUAACAAUCUUGAGGUUGGUGGCGCCAACUUCCCCUUCAUCCUCCUCCCCGAUCAGCGCAUCGCUGCCCGCAGUGCCGCCUCCUGCGGCAAGUUGGGUGAGCUCCUUUUCUCGGCCCAAAGCCGCACCCUGUCCUCGGUCCAGAAGAUGUUGGCCCAGAGUGCACCCAACGCUACCGAGUUCUGGAUCGACACCGGUGCCAGUGACCCGAACUACAUUACCAAGUGCGACACUUUGGUCAUGAACAACGGUCAGGCCACUAUUAAGACCGGUGGCUCCUGCUUGCGUCUCUUGCCCGCGCUCUGCUCCAAUAUCAAUACAUCGGGCAAGGUCACAGUCAGCACCAGUCUUGGUCUCGUCACCGGUGCCCGUGACCCCAUGGGCUUCCGUUUCCAGGGUAUCCGAUACGCCAAGGCCCCUGUCGGCUCCCUGCGUUUCGCUGCCCCUGUCCCUAUCACCACCAGCUGGAUCAGCGCCGUCGAUGCCACUGCUCCCGGUAACAAGUGCCCUCAGCUUGGCGACGUUCCUGGCGGCAACGAGGACUGCCUGUUCUUGAACGUUUUCACCCCCAAGCUGAACGCUGAUAAGAAGAGCCUGCUCCCUGUUAUGUUCUACCUCCACGGCGGUUCUUUCACCACCGGCACCGGCACCGACCCCGCCUUCAACCCCGCCAACAUGGCCAGUCGUGGCCAGGUUGUCGUUGUCACCAUCAACUACCGUCUCGGUCUCCUCGGUUUCUUCGAGCGCGUCGAUGCCGGCAUCAGCCGCUCGACCGUUCCCGGCAACAUGGGUGUCCGCGACAUGCUUGUCGCCCUCAAGUGGGUCCAGGAUCACAUCGGCGACUUUGGAGGUGAUGCUUCCAAGGUCACCAUCUUCGGUGAGUCCGCCGGAGGCCACGCUAUCCGCACCCUCCUGUCCAUGCCUGCUGCCACCAAGAAUCUCUUCAGUGCUGCCAUUUCUCAGUCCGACCCCAUUGACCUCCCCUUCAACGACAUCAAGACUGCCUCGACCGUCAUCGGUGGUGGUGCCAUGACUCUCCUCAACUGUGCUGAUCUUGCUUGCAUGCGUUCCAAGAACAUCUCUGAUAUUUUGAAUGCCCAGACCACCAUUGUCGGUCAAGCUAUCAACAUGGCCCCUGAAGAGUCCUUCCUCGAGCUGAUCAAGCCCUCGAUCGACGGCCUUCUCAUCUUUAACAACUUUGACCAGUUGAUUGCCGGAAAAGACGGAGGCAUCCACAAGGCUCCCCUGAUGAUCGGCACCAUGAAGAACGAGGCCAUCGGUUUCCUUCCCAGCUUGGGUCAGUCCACCCCUAUGCCUCCUACCGUCUUUGGACUCACCCUCGGCACUAUUCUCGGCUAUCAGCGUUCCAUGGUCACCAUUGGCUACAAUCUCUACCCGAUCGAUGGCUCCAACCCCGACGGUGUUCGUGAGGCCGAGGGCGACUUUGCCUCUGAUUACCUCUGGAUCUGCCCAACCCAAUACCUUGCUAAGGCCUAUGCCGCUUCUGGUCUUGAUGUCUACCAGUAUCAGUUCCAAAAGGGCUAUAAUCCCAACCGCCCUUCAGGCGAUCUCUGCGCCAACCACGUCUGCCACGGUGAUGAUGUUGCUCUCGUCUUUGCCAGCCCUGCUCUGAUGAACGAUCCCGAGCACUACCCCUGGACCGCCGCCGAUGCUGCGCUCUCAAGAAUGGUCAUGGACCGCUGGACGGCCUUUGCCACCACUGGCGGUAACCCCAACCCCACUGCCUACGGCGGCGACAGCUACCCUAGCUGGCCCAAGUACAGCAGCAGCAACCAGAACGUUUAUUUGUUCGACACCACCCCCUCCGUCUCGGCUGGAGGUCUCCGUCCUCAGUUCUGUGGAUUCUUCGAUCAGGCCAUCCACUAUGACUUCCAGCUGUAG